AGUACGGUGGUUGUAUCAUUGUCCAUCACUGCCUGAACGUAGUUACAGAGGAAGUUAUCUCAGCAAUAAGAAUGCCCUCGCCAGUCUUUUUUGUGAUUCUGUAUGCCAUUUCCGGCAUCACUGCUGCUGAUAAAAAGUCACCACGGCCCAGUCUGAAAACAUUCAGAGAUGAUUAUGCCACUGUUGUUAAAACAUGCGAGGCUGUUGGUUAUGUGAGAGACAAAUGCAAAAACCCCAGAGGUAAAACCACCAGAGGAAACGCCAUUGUAGCAUUCAAUGCCAAAGUCAGUUCUGCACAAUCUGUUAGUGGUGGUAGCAGGGUCAUGUUCCGUUCUGUAGAUCUUAACAUAGGAGGUGGCUACAACGCCGCAAAGGGGGUCUUCACUGCACCUAAAUCUGGGGUCUAUGUCUUUGAGUGGACAAUAAUGACACAAGAAAGUAAACCCGCUUACACCGCUCUGAAUGUGAACGGCAAACGGAAUGCGUCGAACCAUUGUCAUAAUAACAGUCAUGGAAUUUGCAUGUUAUGCACUAAAAUGUCCAUUGUAAGAAUGAAAGCAGGUCAAAGAGCCUGGAUUUACAGUUGGACUCAAACCGCCUAUCUUUACGGUGGCCAUUGUUCAUUUGCUGGUUUCAUGUUAUAAAUGCUAACAUGUUCACAAAAUUGAAAUAAAGAGGAAAAAUGAAAGCACAUUGAUA